AUGCUCUGGCGCGACGUCGGUUUCUUCGGUCGAGAUGUCGUGAACACCACGACCGAGGAACCGUCGUCGUCGUCGUCGUCGUCGUCGGUCGACGUCCCGCUCGUCGCCGGUGGUUGGUCUUUCACCGCGGUGGUCUCCACGACCGACGCGUCGCUCACGCUGCGUGAUUUCGCGACACGGCCCGCGAUCGUCGACGAACGUCUUCGUCUCGCGACCGCGGUGUCGUGCUCGCGAGAUCGAGCGUUCGUGGUGACGAGCGACGGGUGGGUGCUGACGGCGUACGCGGACGGCGCGAGCGGGACAAAGUGGACAAAACUAGAAGGCGUCGAGAACAUCACGAGCGCGUGCGCGGCGUCGCAUUGCCACGACGCCGUUGUUAUCGUCGACGCGUCAGGACGGGCGGUGGAGGUGCGCGGUCUCGACGACGCGACCGGACCGUCGACGCGGGAGGCGAGCUUGGCGCCGGGCGGCGACGCGCGCGUUCGAUCCGUCGCUCUCGGUGCGAAACACGGCGUUUUCGUCGACGUCAACGGUGGGUGUUGGACAUUCGGAUGGAACGCAUACGGAACCUGCGGCUUAGGAUUCGCGAGCGCGGAGGACAUCGAGACGCCGACGCGCGUCGAGAGUUUCGCUCGAGCGAACGUGCGCGCGGUCUCCGCGUCCUGCGGCGACGCCUUCACCGUCUUCGUCGCCGCCUCCGGCGACGCCUACGCGUGCGGAUACAACGGCGACGGUCAAUUAGGCACCGAAGACUGCCCCGUGGGCGAAGCGACAGCGAUUCCAGUUCUCGUAGACCUCGAGCGCGUCGUCGUCGCGCGAUGCGGCGCGCGGCACUGCGCCGCCGUCGCCGACCGCCGUCUCUUCCUCUGGGGCGCCAACGAUCUCGGGCAGAUGGGCGUCGGGUCCGAUGUGAUGUCCCAUCGCGUUCGCCCGCGCGCGUGCGCCGUCGACGUCGUCGCCGUCGCCGUCGGCGUCCACCACGUCUCGCUCCUCCGAAGCGCCGACGCCGCGGCGGGUGCCGAGUAUGUGCGGGCACACGUCUGA